CGUCCAGUUGGCCGUCGGAGGAGCGAACGUUGCCGACAAGUGCCAACUAACCCAUCGAAUCUGCAUGAAUGCUUUACGAAAAGGACGGCUUUGCCUCCAUGCAACAGCUCAUCGCCUGGAAAAGAUUUACAAGAUGCUUGGCGGAUAAAUUAUCCUAGACGAGGAGCACUUCAAGAUUCAGGAUACGCCUCCCUUAGUCGAAACUGAUUUCGAGCAAUCGGUAAAAACGGGGUAUCCAACGUUGCUUGAAGAGAGCCACAAACGCGAUCCUUGUGCUCAGUCUCACUUGGCAAAAGCACGCGGACGUGACAAGCUUCAGAGCAAGAACCAAGGACUGAGAUCAGCCAUGUCAGGCUUCUUCAUUGACCCCAAAGACCUCCCGGACGGUGGCUACGGCCUCAUCCAGGUGCUCUUCCUGGGCGCCGUCUACGGCUUCGUGCUCUUCAACGCGAGCAACCUCAUCUCGGACGGCAGUGAGCUGCUGCUGCUCGUUCCAUCCAUGGCCGGCAUCGUUGGCAGCGUCGUGUUGCCCGUACUGGGCGCCGUGCCCGACGGUGCUAUCGUGCUCUUCUCUGGUAUGGGCCCAAACGCCCAAGAGCAGGUCUCCGUGGGCGUCGGUGCACUCGCCGGCUCCACCAUCAUGCUACUCACUAUCCCAUGGGCGCUCAGUGUCUACGCCGGCCGCGUCAACAUCGACGAGAACGGCCGUGGCAACUACGUGCGUCCCAAGGGCGACCAGCACUGGGCUAAGCUCAUGCCGCCUGGAAACAGGAACCUGACCAAGACUGGCGUCGUGCUCUUCGACGAGAUCCCGUCCACGGCCAGAACCAUGAUCCUCACGAGCUUAAUCUACCUCAUCCUACAAGUGCCUGCUCUAUUCUACACUGGCACCGCUGCAGAGGAUGCCAAGGCUGACAACGCCCAGGUGGCCAAGGCCGAGAAGCCCUUCGCUAUCGUAGCUUUUGUCAUCUCUAUGAUCUCCUUUGUUCUCUACCUCUACUGGAACGUGCAGCGCUCCUCGGAGGUCAAAGAGGACGUCAUUGACGAGGUCCGUGUCGCUGCAAUCCGUGAAGGUGAGAUCAGUCUGUCCGGUAUCUUGGCUAAAGAAGUGGCCCACCUGAAGAUGGAGUCGCCCACCAGCACGACGCCUCUCAACGCCACUCGCGAACAGUUCGACCGCGUUGCGGACGUCAUCCGUCCAUUCUUCCAUGCAUACGACAAGAACCGUGACCACCGCAUGGAUGCCGAUGAGUUGCAGUUGUUUUUCAAGGACUUGGGUGAGAAUGUCUCGCGUGAAGAGGCAGAGAGGUGGAUGGCUGCGGCCGACAAGGACAAGAGCGGAUUCAUCGAGUUCAACGAGCUGGUGGAGGCCACGCUACGCUACCUGUUGGCUAAGUACGAGAACGAGAUGCAAGGCCGCUCGUCCGUCUCGAUGAAGCGUGUGGUGGUCGAGCAGCAGUACUCACUGGCUAUCCCUCCUGCUGAGGACGAUGAAGAGGAAGAAGAGGAAGUCCCUGAAGACCUCGCUCAUCUGUCCAUUGCUGAGCAACAGAAGAAGAUCAAGAUCCGUUCGGCGUACAUGAUGUUCCUGGGCACGGCUCUUGUGCUGCUGUUCUCGGACCCGAUGGUUGACGUGCUGUCUGAGGUUGGCGCUCGCACGGGCAUUCCGGCGUUCUACGUGUCGUUCGUGGUGGCUCCGCUGGCUUCGAACGCCAGUGAGCUCAUCGCUGCCUACAACUACGCGCAGAAGAAGACGUCCAAGACGAUCUCCAUCUCGGUGGCUGCUCUUCUGGGUGCUGCAUGCAUGAACAACACCUUCUGUCUGGGUAUCUUCGCGGCGCUUAUGUCGUUCAAGAGCGGUGGCCUGGUGUGGGAGUUCUCCGCCGAGACCUUCUCGAUCCUGUUUGUGGAGUUUGUAAUCGGCUACAUCGCCAUGAAGAAGACCCAGCGUCUGAUCGACGGUCUGAUUGUGCUGCUGCUGUACCCGACCUCCAUCUUCCUUGUGUUCCUGCUGGAGAACGUGCUUGGCCUCGACUAAAUUGUGUUUUUGGCCAGGUAUUCAGCUGUGACGGACGUAGCUGAAUGAUCAAAUUGUGUUGUGCAGCUUCCGAGGUGGUAGUGAGCUUGAUAACAAGCGCAUAGUAAUGAUCACCAUUAGUUUCAACUUUUCUUCGAGUACAUUUGGAUACUUUUUCGGUGGCUACAUGGCUACAUUUGCCCAGCUGCCAAGUUGGUACAAUGUGCCACUGGGAGAGGCACAAAUUUGUGUAAACAUGGUGUGUUUUGUCGCAG